AUGGGCGCUUCUGGUUCUCUCCCCAGCAAGGGUUCUCCUACGGUCCCAGGACAAAGAAAGGAUGACUUGACAAUUACUGGCAUGGGAACCGAAUGGCCAUCAAAGCUUGUAGGGCCAGGUGAAUUCAAGGACUUAGCCCUGAAACACUAUCCUGAAGACGCUCCAUGGCUGAAAGCAUUACUGAAUGUCAAUGGAAAGACUGGUAUUCAGUCCAGAGCAAUGCUGGACAUUUGGAGUGACCCCCGCUGGAAUCGGGAGGAACCACCGGGGGCCGAUGAAGUUGAUGCAGCCUUUCGCCAGUACGGAACAGAGCUAGCGGAGCAAGCUGCUCGCAAGGCAUUGAGCGAUAGCAAUAUAUCCCCGAGUGCAAUCACCCACGUAGUAGCAGUUACAGCUACAAAUGCUGGCAGUCCAGGGUAUGACCAAUUGGUUGCUCGGAGACUUGGUCUCGCUCCAACGGCUGAGAGGAUAUUGGUUGCUGGGGCCGGAUGCUCGGGGGGGCUUGCGGCCCUUCGAGCAGCGUCAGAUUUGGCCAUGGCCGCAUCGCUUCAAGGAAAGGAAGCCAGAGUGCUAGUUAUCGCCUGUGAAAUCUGCAGCAUCCAAGUCCGAUGCGAGCUGCAUAAAUCUGCUACCUCCGAAAAUGGCAGUAUUGGACCAGUUUUGUUCGGGGAUGGCGCGUCGGCUCUAGUUCUAUGUAACUCUCAUGGGAUGGCUAAGAAUGCUCCACGCCUUUUCACUAUUGUCGAUCGCCAUUCAGAAAUAAUGCCGGAAGCGUUUGAUGACAUGUCCUACAAAGUGUCGCCGCAUGGGUUUCUCCUCACACUCUCAAAGAAUGUGCCUGCGCUUACGGCAGCAGCAGUUCGGGAGCCUUUCCAGAGCUUAACAAAUGCUAACGGAAAGGGGUCAUUAUCUGCCUCAUCUUUUGACUGGGCACUUCAUCCAGGGGGGUUGGCAAUUAUCAAAGGCGUACAAAACUCCAUGGACUUAUCUGACGAUGCCCUGAGAGCUAGUAACGAGAUUUACAAAACACGGGGAAAUACCUCGAGUGUCGCUGUGCUUGCUGUCCUUGAUAAGCUACGGUCUAUGGAGAAAGGGAAGAAGGAUGUUAUUGCUUGCAGUGUCGGACCGGGGUUGGUGGUCGAGAUGGCAUUACUACAGCGAGUGUGCUAA